CAACUUAAUCAAUUUUGAGCUUACACGGCUUCCUUACACAGCGUGUGUGUCAAUGACAUUCUGAGCUUUCAUAAGACGGUUCACUCGUACAGACUAUAAAAUGUCGUUAUCAUUUUUAUUUAGAACAAUUACCAAAGACGUUGUGAAGGUUGGUGUUUGCCAGCAUGCCCAGUCAUUACACACAGGUUGUCAGCUUCUAGCAGCCGAUAAAGCCCUCCUGAUGAAACUGAGGAAAGGCACUGGCUACACCUUCAUUAGCUGCAAGAAAGCACUGGAGAAGUUUGAUAAUGACAUAAAUCAGGCUGAGACAUGGCUACAUGAGCAGGCCCAGAAAGAGGGAUGGAGCAAAGCAAACAAGCUGGAAGGUCGCAGAGCAAAGGAAGGUCUGAUCGGCCUGUUUAUAGGGGAUAAAGCUGCGGUUAUGGUGGAGGUUAACUGUGAGACAGACUUUGUCGCCCGCAAUGAGAAUUUCCAGCAGCUGGUGAAGGACGUAGCAUUUGCUGCAUUGACACAUCACAAGAAUAAAAACCAAAGUAAAGGAGGAUAUGUAAAGAGUGUCCUGGCAGGGGAGGAUGUUUCCAAACUGAGUGUGGAUGAAGGAGCAUCACUUGCUGACCGAGUGGCUCUAACAAUAGGUCGUCUUGGAGAGAACAUGUCAGUGAAGCGGGCAGUGACCCUGAGUGUCCCUGAUGAGUGGGAUGUUGGCUCAUAUGUACAUGGUGGUGUGAACAGCCAGGCCGAGGUGGCCAUGGGUCGCUACGGCGCCCUGGUUGUAUUUCAGGGUGGAAGGGAGGGGGAGCAGGACAUGUUAGGACGUAAGCUGGGACAACACAUAGUCGGAGAAGCCCCUGUGUCCCUAGGCAACAUGGAUGACCUGCCCUGCGGCGAAAGUGAGACCCGGCUGCUGCCUCAGACCUUCCUGGGAGACCCCAGCAGGACGGUGGCACAAUUCCUGAGGGGGCAACAGGCUCGAGUGUUGGACUUUGUCCGAUUUCAAUGUGGCGAGACAACCAGCGAGGAUGCAAAAUGAAGAAGGGGGAAUUAUUAACUGCGAGUUAUACAUGGUGUGUCUUUUAGUGUUAUAAAGAUGAGAUGAAUCUGCAGAUUGAUUCUUGAAUACUCAAGUCAAACAGUGACAUCAUGAAUUUAAAGCUAAAUAUAUAUGCAUACCUGCACUGAAGCCCAAUUAAAUCAUUAAUUUAACAAUAAAA